AUGGAGAAGCGGGGCCCGGUGCUGCACAUCGUGGUGGUGGGCUUCCACCACAAGAAGGGCUGCCAGAUUGAAUUUUCCUAUCCUCCCCUGAAGCCUGGAGAAGGACAUGACAGCCAGAGUUUGCCAGAGGAGUGGAAAUACUUGCCUUUUCUUGCCUUGCCGGAUGGUGCUCACAACUAUCAGGAAGAUACUGUGUUUUUCCAUUUGCCACCAAGAAGUGGGGAUCAAACCACAGUAUAUGGAGUCUCUUGCUACAGGCAGAUUGAAGCCAAGGCACUAAAAGUACGGCAAGCAGACGUCACCCGAGAAACAGUGCAGAAAAGUGUCUGUGUUCUCAGUCAGCUGCCUUUGUAUGGCUUACUUCAGGUAAAGCUGCAACUCAUUACACAUGCGUAUUUUGAAGAAAAAGACUUCUCACAGAUUUCGAUCCUAAAGGAACUUUAUGAUCACAUGAAUAGUUCCUUGGGCAGUACUUUGCUGGAGGGUUCACAGGUUUAUCUUGGUCUGUCUCCUCGGGACCUUGUUCUUCACUUUAGACAUAAGGUCUUGAUCCUUUUUAAAUUGAUUCUGCUAGAGAAAAAGGUGCUGUUUUAUAUUUCUCCAGUAAAUAGAUUGGUUGGAGCUCUGAUGACUGUCCUGUCACUAUUUCCUGGUAUGAUUGAACAUGGUCUUACCGACUGCUCACAGUACAGACCAAGGAAGAGCAUAUCAGAGGAUGCUGGCUCGCAGGAAAGCGCACCACGGUUAGAUAACGAUGUUUCUGUGUCUGCUGCUGAUGCUUCAAAUGCAAACUUGGGAGUGGGAAAGGGUGACAGGAAGGUGGCAGAAGACCAUUCACUGGAAGGUCAGAAAGCAAAUGUGCCUUUCUCCCAGUCAGAGAAGACGUGCAAUGGAGCUCAGUCUUCCAACGGUACUGUGCAGCGCUUGAAAGUUCCUUCCCACGCUUCUCCAGCAUCCUCGGAAAGUGACUGGGAGACCUUAGAUACUAACCUUUUGGAGGAGUCUAAUUUGAAGGAAGAGCAUGAAAAUGCAGCAUCACAACAGGCUGAAACUCUUCCAAGCAAAGGCCUGAGCUCAGAAAGCCUUCCAAUCACUGUGCAGCCCCAGGCAAAUACGGGACACACAGUGCUUGUUCCAGGAUUGAUAUCUGGGUUGGAAGAGGACCAGUAUGGUAUGCCCCUGGCCAUUUUCACAAAGGGGUACCUUUGUUUGCCAUACAUGGCCCUGCAGCAGCAUCAUCUCCUGUCAGAUGUAACAGUCCGUGGCUUUGUUGCGGGAGCCACCAAUAUCCUGUUCCGGCAGCAGAAACAUCUGAGUGAUGCAAUUGUGGAAAUAGAAGAUGCUCAGGUCCAAAUUCACGAUCCAGAGCUCCGCAAGAUCCUCAACCCAACAACUGCUGACCUGAGAUUCGCAGAUUACUUGGUGAAGCACGUAACUGAGAACAGAGAUGAUGUUUUCCUUGAUGGCACUGGAUGGGAAGGAGGAGAUGAGUGGAUCAGGGCUCAGUUCAGUGCUUAUCUUCAUGCACUGCUUGCUGCUGUGCUGCAACCAGACAAUGAAAAGAUUUUGUCGGACUUUGGAACGGCAUUUGUAGCAGCCUGGAAAAAUACCCACAACUACAGAGUAUGGAACAGCAACAAGCAUCCAGCUCUUGCAGAGGUAAAUUCUAGCCACCCAUUCCAGGGACAGUACUCUGUAUCAGAUGUGAAGUUAAGAUUGUCACACUCUGUGCAAAACAGUGAACGUGGGAAGAAGAUUGGAAAUGUGAUGGUUUCUACAAGCAGAAAUGUUGUGCAGACAGGAAAGGCUGUAGGUCAGUCGGUUGGAGGAGCCUUCACGAGCGCAAAAUCAGCUAUGUCAUCGUGGUUCUCCACUUUCACACAGUCAACCCAGAGCCUUGGGGACUAA